AUGCCGAAGCUUCAAAUCCUGCGCAUGGAGUCGCUGGAAGACGACCCACUGUUUUCGGGUGAGAGCAUAAAAUUCAAGAAUGUUGAACCAGCGGAACCAAUUCGUCCCAUGAGAAGAUUGAUUCUCUGCCUCGAUGGCUCAUGGCAAUCCUCCAACCACGGAGAGAAGAAUAUCGCGUCCAACAUUGCGAAGUUGAGCCGGUCCAUCGCCAGCUGCCAGAAGACCGGCGAGGACGAAGUGAUUCACCAGAUCGUCUACUAUGAUGGAGGAGUAGGAACUGGAGAUAGCGCCCCAAAAGAGGAUGCGUCGAUAACGGCGAAGGCCAUGGCCAAGGGACAAAAAGCCUUCGAAGGUGCCUUCGGAAGAGGAGUAGAGGAGAAUGUAUGCGAGGCCUAUAAUUUUUUGGUCAGCAACUGGCUUCCUGGUGAUGAAAUCUAUAUUUUUGGCUUUUCAAGAGGCGCCUAUACGGCCCGCGCAGUGGCAGGGCUGGUCUGCAACUUGGGCAUCUGCUUUCCGGACAUGAUGGACGAUUGGUGGGCGAUUUACGACGAGUACAAAAAGAGACCCCUCAAGAAAGAAGAGCCCAAGCCUGUCAGUAACGGAUUCCAUGUUCCGGAUGCAAUGCAGCAAAGCAGCUGGGCUCUGUACAGUGUCAAUAAGGACUGGAAAGACCGCUUCUACAAAAACGUCGAUAUCGAAGUCGUGGGCGUAUUUGAUACCGUGGGUGCGCUUGGAUGGCCAUCAAAUAAGUAUGUUCCGUUCGGCGGAAACGCCAAUGAUACUAAGUAUGGCUUCCACGACACCAAUCUGCACAAGAAUAUCAAGAACGCUUUUCAUGCCCUUGCUCUUGAUGAGCACCGACACGCGUUUCCUCCCACUAUGUGGUCCCUUCCCAAGGGUGUACAUACCAAUUUGGUGCAAUGCUGGUUCCCGGGCUACCACAUUAACAUCGGUGGUGGUAGUGAGGAUACCAUGAACCACUACGGGGAUAUGGAAUCCAUGGCAAAUCUCUCUUUGGUCUGGAUGAUUGACCAGGUCCGCAAACAGACCAACCUGACCUUUGAGACCUACGCGCUGGCACGUUUCUAUCACCAUUACACCUGUACUAUCGUGGACCUCUCGCAGCGGUCCUUCAAGGAGGGCGACUCCGAAUGCCAUUAUGCAAAGAAGCUCGACCAGUCUAAACGGCGCCAGGAUGUGCCUGAUCCCAAGAAUCCCACAGCGUACGGAGGCUGGGGCAUGGGCUAUCGACCGGAUAGCAUCAAUUCCAUCACGGGUUACAGCGGCUCUACCACUCGCACCCCGGGUCAGUACAAUAAAGACGGAGAUACCAAGGAGUGCAUUCACCCUGUGGUUGCCUACGCAAUGGGCAAGGCGUACCGUGAAGCCCAUGUUGAGGGUACGGUAUUGAACUAUCAGCCCGCCGCUCUGGCAGGCUUUGAGCGAGUAGAGAAUCCCAAAGUGAAAUGCACCUGGCCGGACACCGGGUUAAAGACCUUGAAAGGCUGGCAUUGGAGGAAGCAGAUCAAGGGCGCCAAGUAUGCUGAGACGCCAUACAUGACCCGAUUGAGCAACUGGUACAACUCCUCCUGUCCACCUGAGGAAGACCAAGAUAUUUGCAUUCCCGAGAUGGACUUGUGGGAGGAUAGUGACUUCAACAUGUUCAACGAACGGGAUUACAUGCGAGCGGACUGGCUUGCGCUGAAAGCUCCUCUGAUGGGAUUCCAUGACGAUGUCAAGCUCGCGAUGCAGAACUGUGCCUUGACACAGGACCAGUCCGCCUCGGAGGAAGCCUUGCGCCGAGAGAGGUUAUUGCUGAACUCGUUGAAAUACGUGACGGAGAGAGAAAGCGGCAGCUCUUCACUGGAUAAAUCCUUGAUCCAUUCCCUGCGUCGAACAGAAUCCCCGGGUUUGAACGCGGGGGAGAAGUUGAAGCUAUUGGAACAGGCAGGGAACCGCACCAGAAUGUUCUUGGCAACUUUGUACUCUUGA